AUGGCGUGCUCGUUUCCGACCAAUCAAGCCAUCGUCGUGGGUGGCGGAUUGGGAGGUAUGUCUGCAGCCAACACUGUGGUGGAGCACGGUGGGAGGGUGGUCUUGCUGGACAAGUCGUCCUUCUGUGGAGGCAACAGUACGAAGGCCACGUCCGGCAUCAACGGCGCAGGCACGAAGACCCAGAAGGCCAAAGGCAUCCCAGACACGGCCGAGAUCUUCACGGCGGACACCCUGAAAGGUGGCGCCAAGAAGCCCGAACUCGCAAAGCUGCUCUGCGACAACAGUGCCGCGGAUGUGGACUGGCUUGUCGACAAAUUCAACUUGGACCUGUCUCUGGUUGCACGCUUGGGAGGACACUCGCAGCCGCGAACGCACCGCGGAAAGGAGCGAUUUCCGGGCAUGACCAUCACGUACGCGCUGAUCCAAAUGCUCGAGAAGGUGGCGGAGAAGACCGACCUUGCCCGCAUCAUCACCAAAGCCAAGGUUUUUAAGCUCGUGACCAAUGGCAAUGCUUGCGUCGGCUGCGUCUACGAGAAAGGUGGGAUCAAUCUCCAGGAGUUUGGUCCUGUGAUUCUGGCUUCAGGUGGCUUCGGCGCCGAUUUCACUCAGGACUCGCUUCUUGCCAAAUACAGGCCGGACCUUCUGCACCUGCCCACCACCAACGGUGAGCACUGCACCGGCGACGGCAUCAAGAUGGGCGAGGCGAUCGGCGCGAAAACCAUCGACCUGGAGUGGGUGCAGGUUCACCCAACCGGACUUGUGAAGCCGGAUGACGCCGAUGCCAAGAUCAAGUUCUUGGCUGCCGAGGUCAUGAAGUACUACAACUGCGGUGAGGACUUGGCCAAGGACAUGGGCAUCUCCCUGUCCGUGAUCGAGAAGGCUCACGAGGACCACUACCAGGCUGCCAAGAUGAUGGAGAAGGAUCCCGAAGGAGGCAAAUGGCCCGCGUACCCCUCAGGAAAGUGCUGGGAUGAGGCCAGUGGAAAGACAGGCAGCGGCAAGAAGUUCUAUCACAACAUCAUCCCGGGCUCUGCCGUGAAGUCCGAGCCCUUCUAUGUGGCCAUCAUCACGCCUGUGAUCCACUACUGCAUGGGUGGUCUCCUCAUCGACACGGACUCCGCCUGUGUUGGCUCCAACAACCAAGCCAUUCCGGGCCUGUACGCUGCCGGCGAGGUGGCGGGCGGCGUGCACGGCAACAACCGCUUGGGAGGCAACUCCUUGCUGGACUGCGUGGUGUUCGGCCGCGUGGCCGGGAAGGCAGCUGCCAAGUACAUGUUGGGCGCGGACAUGAAGGAUGUGGACCUCUGCACAAUCACCGGCGGAGGGCUGACUGGCGCGGUGGAGAGCUCUAAGCUGGCUGGCGGCUCCUACGAGGACAAGAUGAACUCUGCUGCCCCGGCGGCCGCUGCAGCUGCGCCCGCGGCUGGCGGCGGUGGUGGCGGAGGCAUCAGCCUCGCAGACGUGGCCAAGCACAACACCAAGACGGACUGCUGGGUGGUGGUCGAUGGUCAGGUGCUCGACGUCACCAGCUUCUUGUCGGAGCACCCCGGUGGCGAGCUGGCUAUCCUCACCUUCGCCGGGAAGGAUGCCACGGAGGAGUUCAACAUGAAGCUUGGCUUCUACAAUCUCCGCGGCGGCGGCGGUGGUGGCAUCACGAUGGAGGAAGUCGCCAAGCACAACAGCAAAACGGACUGCUGGGUGGUGGUGGAUGGCCAGGUCUUGGACGUCACCUCAUUCCUCUCCGAACACCCGGGCGGCGAGCUGGCCAUCAUCACAUUUGCAGGGAAGGACGCCACGGAGGAGUUCAACAUGAUCCACCCGCCGGAUGUGAUCGGAAAGUAUGCCCCCGAUUCCAUCAUCGGCAAGGUCGGCUCCGGUGCACCGGCUGCCGCACCUGCCGCUGGCGGCGGACUGGAUGCACCUUUGCUGGCCAAGGAUGGCCACAAGGGGAAGGACUGGUCAAGGGCAGAGAAGAACCGGGAGCAGCGCAUGAAGGGCGAAGGGAGAAUCCCUGGCUGGAUUGGCGCCAUUUUCUACAUGGUCUUGGGCUUCAUGAAGGAGAUUCUGUUCACCAUUGUGCCACAGAGCAAUGUGACCAUCACUGGUGACCGCGUCGGUCUUACCCGCUCCGCCAUGUUCCUUUUCAUCUUCAUCAUCAUCCAUGCCGUGGGCAACCUGCACGUGUUCCUAGGCCCAGAUGACUUCAACGGCUACGGCUACUUCUAUGUGCGUCUCUACUGGACCGGUUUCGGUUUCCAGGCGAACAUCGUCGAGGAGUACAUCCUGCUGGCCGCCUUGUUGCACGUCUUCGUCGCCUUGAAGAGGACCUGGGACAUCAGCAUGAACUACUCUGUUGCCUCUGGCAAGCUCAACCUUGCCUUCUCCGGCGUGACGUUGCUCACGUUCAUGAUGAUCCACUUGUACCAGUUCCGCUUUGGCGACACUGAGCCAUGGAAGCUCUGCCCGCCGCCAUACCUGCUGAACUUGGCGACGCUGCUCCAGCUGAGGCUGAACCUCUUCUGGGUUGACACCCCAGGAUGCCAGGCGGUGUACGUGCGGGAUAUCUACCGCAUGGAGUUCGAGAUCUUCCAGUCCCUCGGCUGGGUGCUCUUCUACUUGGCGGCUGUGAUCAUCUUCAGCACGCACAUGUGCUUGGGCUGGCAGAAGGUCGUGCCCGCUCCGGCCUUGGAGAUCCCCAAGAAGUACCACAGCCGAGCCAUCCACAUGGGCUACGUCUUCACCUUCUUCAUCGCUCUCAUCUACGCCAGCUUCCCGCUCUACACCCACCUCUUCGCCAUGUCCUCCGGAUCCCUGAGCCAGGAGCCGGCACAGCCGUGA